ACGUGAUAAAAUUUUUGGUAGCUACCCUUUAACGUGAUCAAAGGAAUACCUAAACCACGACAAUUUAUUCCCAUUUUUUGCAUUUGUAUUUAUCAAUAGUGUUGUUAUUGUUAUAGUUCUUUGAGCCGGAGUUGAUCAAGGCAUUAUUCGAUGUGAAUAACUUAUUAGAAACAAAUGUUUAUCCUGUUGAACAAUAAGUAUUCUUAGUGACAAGAGAGUGUCAGUGGCACAGAACAUGUCUAAUAAUUCAGCUCCACAACGAGUACGGCGAAACGGGUCCCCAUCUACCACCAAACAAGGCCCUAUAAAAGCAGUGAAAGCAUUCUCCCUUAAACAUGGAACUCAGCAUAAAACAGCGUCUUCCCCAUCUCCAAGAGAAAGUCACCAAAUCUGGUCUAGGAAAUCUCCAGAUAGUAGAGUUUCUCCUGAGAGAAAGAGUCCCGCAGGAACACCUGUUACUUGCAUUUCAUCUUUUUCUUGUAUAUCAACAUCGAUACACUCACAAUUACCACAAAGCCCAAAUAAUUCAGUGCCAUCUGUCAGCAAAGGUAAAUGGUCAUAGCUGAUAAAAAUUUAUUUAUUUUCAUAAAAGUAUGUGCCUAUUCUUAACCGUAGGCUAAUGGCAUGGGUGACUAAUUUUUAUUUAUUAAGUCAAAUAAACGCAGGCACAGGUAAAUUAACUUUCUUUAGUCAAAGUCUUUAGAUUUAGUCAAUUUAUAAUUUAGGUAUAAAAAUGGAGCAGAGAGGCUUAGCCUUGCUGUUGGCCUAAAUAUGAGUAGUGGCUUAGCCUUAGAGUUUAGUCCUGUGACAAAACUCUGAAAAGCCAAAUGACUACUAGGACUAGGCCCACGAUGAGUAAUACUGACCCAUAUUAUUAUUAUUAUUAUUGACCUUACUUGUAUCAUAACUUGUACUAUACUACUUACCCAACUAGAAGGCGUGGAGAAGACCAUGUUGUGUAGUCAUAUAGUAGUGAGUAGUGUGAUGCCUUUUAACUUUUAGAGACAUUUUUCAAUCAUUUCAUAUAUUUAAACAAGAGAAUUUUUAAAUUUAUACAGUUGUAAGGUGGUGGUAAGUAUAAAAUUCAACUUACUCCCUUUCAACACUGACAGUUAAUAGCAAUAUUGUCUCUUCCUAGGCCUAAGAUAAUGCAUUUUUAUUAUAAUAUCGCAUACAAUUGGGGGCAAAAUGGUGAGAUGGUUUUUUAAUGUUAUGGUUUUGGUUGGUGUGUCUUGAAUUGGGAAAACAAGUAUUGUAAAUUGUAUGUUUUUUAUCUGGAACCAAAGUUAACAGAGAAUAUUUCUGUGAUUGUGUUCUCUGUCGAUGUUUGCUUCGUGAUAUUCAAGCUAAAUUGUGAUCACCAUAGACAUUGCAACAAGAAGAGCAUCAUCUCACACAGUCAGGAACAUCUAACUUAGUGCAUCAGGAGCAUAUCACCUUCAUUUUAAAAAAGUCACGGGGCCAAAAAACACUCAUGUUUUAAAACCAGUCAAUAUGCCAUAUGGGGAGCUCAGCAAGCAAAAGUUUACCUUCUGUGAAAACUUAUCACAGUUGAUUAGCUGAAGUUGGCGAUAGUUGAGGAUGGAGAAAAAAUUUGCUGGAUUUUACUGACAUAAGUAUAAACAAAUAGCGCAAAAAUUUGGGAAAAGUUAUGAAAAACCAGGGAGGACACAUUGAACCCUGUUAAUCAAUAACUGAGAAAUGACUAAAUAAUUACCAAAAUUAUUUAACCAUAAAUUAUACAACUGUUUCACUUUUAUUUUUUGGACCCCCCCUGUAUAAUUUUAUUUAGAUGUCAGUGUCAGAUAAAUUUGUCUUUGAGCAUGUAUUCUUAUUCGUUUAUUGAGGCAGAUUUUUAUUCUUGGUUCCAUAGUAGGCAGGAGAGUUAAUAUAGGCCUACUACAAUUUCUUCUGCUGUCCUCUUUCAGCUAAGAUUUGUUUCUGUUGUUUGUGCUGUUCACUGAAGAAUGCAUCUUGUCGACACGUUAGUUGUUUUGUUGAGUCCUUUUUUUCAGGAUUUCCGGUAUCUUGUUAUACAUAUUUCUUUCUAUCUAACCUGAUUGCAGUCUCCCCCCCACCCUAUCCCCCCAUUAACAACUAUAGCACAAUGAGUUUUGUCUUUUAGGUUCAGCAUGCUGCAACUUUUAAAAUAACAUAAAACCUGAAACUAUGACAUUUAGGGUUGUAGUCAUUGAAAGGGUAUCAAGCAAACUAAAGUUUAAAAUAUAAACUUUAAAAAAUAAUAAUAAUUAAACAUCAAUUAUAUUUUAAGACAGAGCCAAUAAAAGUCAUAAACACAGCCCAGUUGCAGGGAAAUGGAGAGCAAGUUCUGUAGAUACAGUGGUUCCAUCAUACCUGACAGGGCAAUGGCCUAAAGAUAUAAAUAAUUACCAUCAUUAUCAGUCAGAUGGUGUCUUUAUGUGUGACAAGUCAACUCAGGUAUAAAUGUUUUUUUACUUAGAAAGAAAAAUGAAUUUUUAUUCUUAUUGAUAUUUAAAGUUUUAUUUUGUCUUUUAAGUGACAUUUUUUUUUUAAUGUGCAAUACUGUCAUUGCAAUGAAUCAAUAUAUAACAUGUUGCCUAAAAGAUUGAGCCUUCAGAAAUGUUCGUUUAAAAUGAUUAUUUGCUUCUCUGUAACUAUUAAUUUAAAAAUUGAAGUAUUAUUAUUUAAACACAGACAGUUGCUGAAUUGGAAGGAAAGCCUGAAAAAAGGAAAAAGGGACACAAAAGAUCUGCCUCUUUUGGUCAAGGGGAUCAGUUAAAAGUAAGGACUUGGAUUUUGAUAAACUCAUGUGUAUUAUUUGCAAAUAGUCAUCUUUUUGAACAUUAUGAAGAAAUUGUGUCAUUUUGAAGAUAUAAGCUAUAAUUUAUCCACUAGUGUGCUUGAGCCUGUCCAGUAUGGGUGUACCAGUUUUUAAAUUUUGCCUUUUUACCAAACUGGUUCGUAAUCUUAAAAUAAUAAAACCGUAUUUGUGUAUCGCGGUAUUGAUGUUUUUUCUAUAAACGAAAUCUACCGAACCAGUUGGUACUUGAUUGGAAGCAUUCCACUGAAUUUAUCUGUAAAUGUAUUUCCAUUCCGACAAAAGACAAGGGUGGUUUCAAAAUAUUUGUUAUUACAGAUUAAAGUUACAUUACUGAGAACAUAGCUAGAACAUUUUUUUUCCCAUUGCAAGGGAUGAUUCAAAAUUAUUAUUAUAGCUGUUGUUUUAUAAACAUAAAUGUUGUGGCCUCCAAAUGUUGCAGCCUUCUUUUUUUGUCUAGUAUAUCACAAACAUUACGGCCUUCUUUCGUUGUCUUCACCAAUGUUUACGAAUGUGAACUAGUAGACACAUUUACUGCUCGGCAGUUAGAUAGACCCUACGUCUUCUAAGGCCUACGUCAUCUAGGUCCUAGGGUGGCAACUAUGUACUAAAAUAUGUUAUUAGAAACAAAUGCCUGUCACACCAGGUCCACUUUAAGGGGCCAAACAUCAGCGUCCAAUGAAGAUAACAAUAACAGUUCUUUAUUUACAGGAUCCAAUCACAGCAAAUGUCAAUUCACAACCUUCAAUGAAGAUAAUAAUAACUCUCUUCUCUACUCUCUAACUACUCUCAGCUCAUCUCUCCUCCGACUCAUCGGCUCAACUCUUCACUAUCCACACAUCAGCUCAUCUCUCACUAAUGACUAACUAACACACUGCCCUUUUAUAUCCCCACACAAACACUCAGCGUACACUAAAGCUCAACACCAACCAACUCCAUGCUCUGACCUCACGACUUACAACUCACAAAACAUUCUCACAAUCAACAACUCCCUUUACCAAACAUUCACAUCAAUCCAGUUCACAACAAUAAGUCCUGUAUACUCAUUCAUAAGCCCAUUCGUUGAUAAGAUGACAUCCUAAGCGUUGGCUGGUAUAAGCCUGAAUAAUGUGUUACCUACUUAUAAUAUAUGUUUGUGUUUAUCAGUAUAUAUGGUAACCAUUCUGAAAAUUUACAAAAAUAGAACCUUGGCAAUCUACAAUAACAAUUUCACAGCCAAUCAUGGCUGUGAAAAAUGAGAACAAAAUGUGUGACCCAAUUUUGCACACUGGCUAUUUUGCACACAGCAUUAUGUUGAUUCCUAUUAAUUAUUUUUUUUUCCAAUGUUUUCUGUAAUAGAAUGAAGAGAAAUGUAAAUAUACUUUAACCCGCUCCUAAGUCAACAACCUCACUCAUUCUCGUAAAAUUUUUACAAAAAAGUUUUCUUUUUAACACGAGUAUAUACAGCAAGCAUUUUUUUUUAAAUUUAAUUAUUUAUGAUGAUUUUUGUUUUUUAAUGUCAAGGAAAUUUAAAAUGGGUUACAUAAAAUUUUAUUUCAAAGCUCCACUGGAGUUUUUAGUUCCUAUAGCCUUAGCAUUUGCUACAACUAUAAAUAAGUCGCAAGGAAGAGUUUUAGACAAGAAUUUAGCCAUGGAGAAUAAUAUUUUGCACAGUAUAUAACGAUAACGAGAUUUGAAACAUUGCAUUUACACAAUACCAGCUUAAAGUAAUCUUCGACGCUCGUUUAUCUUUAUUAAAAAUAAAUUUGAGAUAAGCCUUGUUUAAUUUUUUAUUGGUCAUUAAUUUUUUUUCAAAAAGAUAAAUGAACUGUGGACUGUCAAUGAAUUUAAAUUAAAUCUAUAAAACUUGUAAUAAUUGUAUUUAUCGACUACUUUCCAGCUCCAGUUUAUAAAACAGCAUUUACAGAAAUCUAAAGAAGGCAGCAAACACACUGAUGGGAAGCUGCGGUCUAGUCCUAUUCCUGGCAAACAUUCAGCUCUAUCACUUACAGCACCUCCAGCAUUAUGUUCUCAACACACCAAAGCUAUCCUCAUCUCAGCUGGACAUAUACCCAGACACAAUAUGAACCGAUUUCAAAGAAACAGUGUAGAGGGCUUAAAUAUGGUUUGUAAAAUAUUAAUUGUACCUUUCUCUUUAUAGCCUUGUUUGGAUUUAAUAUUUAGACAAGCCGUUCGCAUUGAAAAAAUUUUAAUAAGGAAAAUAAAUGCCAUUUUUUUAAAUGUUUUUUUUUUUUCACAAAUUUUUGCCCUAAGAUAUAAAUUCAUUUUAAUACAAAUGUAUUUUUAAAAAAUAUGAAAUAGUUUUGUAUUCAAAUUUACUUUCAGUGUGUACUGCUAUAAUUAUUUGAAAUUAUUGAAUCUUUAAGAUAUGUUAAUGGUUGAGGGUCUAAAUUGGUUUACAAACAAAAACUAUCGACAUAGAGAGAGUUUUUAUUAAUGUCAGCCAUAGUUCCUCCUGCCAUCUGUUUUGUAGGAUUUUAGCUGAUGCUGGGGUUUUUUUUUUACAUUUACAGUAAAAUAUGGUGUGUCAUUAAUUAUAUCUUUUAAAUCCAUUUGCAAAUGGAUUUUUUGUUUUUAUAAACUGACACAUUUGUUGAAAAUUUUGCAUUUAUUUUGUCCACACAACAUACUUUUUUUGUGAAACCAGGAAAAAUUACUUACUAAAAACAUUGUUCAGAAAAACACUUAUUUUGUUCAUAAAGUGAACCUUAUUUUUUUAACUUUAAACUAAGAGCUGUUACUCAUAAUUUCUUUAUAUGAUAUUGUGCCCUACAGUUUCAUUGACAUUUUUGGGAAAUAAUUAAUUUUGCACAGGUUACUACUAUUUGUACAAUUAGUGCCUUGAGUGGGAUUACAAUUUAAAUAACUACUUAGUAUGGACUACACCUCCACAUUUUGUGCCAGGCUUCUGCUGAUCGUGUUAGGUUAAAUAAUUCUUGCUUAAAUGAUAAUUUUAUAUAACUUUUAUUUUUAGUUUGUGAAAAUAAAUUAAAGCUUACCCUGACGAAUGAUUUAAAAGAUGUUGCACUCUCUUAGGAAUAAAACUAUGAGAAUAACACUAUAGUAGUAUAGCACAUGCAAGUGACGAAACGGUUGCUCAUAACAAUAUUUUGCACACUGCAAAUUAUGAUAAUUUAUAACACGCUUAUACAUGGCGGCCAGCGAAGUCACAAAAUAUUCCUUAUUAUUAUUAUUUUCUUAAUAACUUUCGCCCCUGUACUAUUAUAUUUUGGCCCACACAAGUUUUUCAUAAAGUAAUAAGGCCCACCUUAAAUUUUGAGUUGUGCAGGCCCGAUUUAUAAUAUGGACUCUUUUGGGUUUUUAAACAUCAAGUUAAAACAUUCUUGUUUAAAUGGCUUCUGAGGUCAUUCAAAAACAUAAGUUAUCCAAAUAUUAUGAUGUUAAUAGUGGUAAUAAUUGAAUAUUUCUCAAGUGUUGGCAUCUUCCACCAUUAAAAACGGGACAUGAUCACAUCCAAGUGAAGCUGGGCAGAGCAAUCUAUUUAAUAUACCGUACGGCUCAAAUGUAGAAUCAUUUUGUCUCUCGUAAUAAACAUAGCACUAUAAAAAUUGGCACACAUUUAGAUCAAUAUAAAACCGAGAUAUAUAAUAAAAAUGAAAAGGGUAUAUAUUAAACGUCAACUUAAUCUUGAUAAAAGAUACCUUAUAUUAACCAAGGAUUUUCACAAAGUCGACUGAUUUUAAAUGAAAAAUAUUUUACUGAAUUUAAAUGAAAUAGAAAUUGAUUUUAAUGUAGUCCAAUAUGUCCUUCAAAGCAAAAGGAUUGAAACAGAACACAAGUGUGAGACAAAAUAAUUAUUUUAUAAAUGAAAUAGCACUAUUGUAAAAAAAAAUAAUUAAAAACUUGGAUUUUCCUACACUGACGCCCAUUUUCCAUAAACAUUUUUUUAGUAGUCUCCCUUGCUUUACUGAAGAGCCUACUUUAAGUUGAGUCCCAGCUUUGUCUUUUAACAUUGCUCAACUAACAAAUAUAUCCAAGUAUAAACCGUUGCUAAGAGUUGGUUAUAAAUAAUAGCAUCAAUUUAUAAAGGCUGGAUUUCAAUUAGUUGAAAUAAAUUUUUGUACUAAAUAUCAGAGCCUUAUCAUAAAGGAUUACUGAUUUGAUUUUUUUUUUACCUUUUAGGAAAUAGAGAAACUUGUAUCGAGUGUUAAAGCUGUGAAUCUAUCAACGUGGGAAAGUGAUGUCGAUGAUCAUGUUUUCAGGGUAAGGGCUCCAUAAGAAUGUGAUUUUAAAUUUGCUUCUUAUUUUGGUUAUUAUUGCUUGUUAACUUAUCAGCAUGAUUUAUGCUUAUACAUUGAAAUCAUGUUUUUGACUAUUGUUACGUACCGUUAUAUGAAAUCAGUUUUAAGAUUUAGCUCAUUAGAUGAACAAUAUGUAACAGAGGACUGAAAACCAGUGUACAAAGAAAAACUAUACCAAAUCUAGUUAUAUUAACAAUAUUCAUUUUAAUUAUAAAAUUCAAUUUAUAUAAAGAAUACAAAAUAAAAUAUACAGAAGUAUCAACUAUAUUAACUUACAACACAGUAAGUUCAAAAGUAUAAUCCUCAAAAGAUACAAAUUUCAAUACACACACACACACAAAGAGUAAAAUCUAAGGCCCCUUAAAUCUCGUAGGGGGGGGGGGGGUAAUGGUAGAGCACUGCACAUGUAAUUUGUGACAUCAGUAUUAAAAUAAAAAGGGGGAAAUAAGUGCUGGACUCUACAGUGCUAUUAAAGAUACAAAUUUCAAUACACACACACACACAAAGAGUAAAAUCUAAGGCCCCUUAAAUCUCGUAGGGGGGGGGGGGUAAUGGUAGAGCACUGCACAUGUAAUUUGUGACAUCAGUAUUAAAAUAAAAAGGGGGAAAUAAGUGCUGGACUCUACAGUGCUAUGUUGAAGCAAACUUAAGUCAACAUACAGGUUAUAAAAACUAGAUUUGGGGAUCUGUUUUAAUUACCUAUUAACCCUAUAACUGUCAUAAUGGCCAAUCAUGUGCCAUUGAACCCCUUUCUGUGGUGUUCGCUAGAUAAUCAGCCACUAGCAAAUUGUCAUUAAAAAUGUAAAUAGUUUAAAGCCUAUAGGUUAUGGGGGAAUCACUCUAUUUAAAUGAGUUUGCUUCCUUUUUACGUUUCUAUCUAUGUGUUAUGUUUUUAUUAGGGCUUUUAUUGUGAUUAAUUGGGUGUAAAAUUUGCUUUAAAAAAAUCUUUUUACUGCCAUUAUGUCUGAUGCUGGAAAGGGCCCCAUCUAGAUUGUAAAAAUCAACAGAGCCUUUUUUUAUUUUAAUUAUUUCAAAUGGAUUAAAAUCAAUGCAAUGAUUUCAGAGAUAGUCCACUACCUACUAAUGAUAAUAUUAGCUCUAGCAGUGAUGGGGACAUAAGAGUCAGAUAUUGACAAUUUUGGCCCUACGCGUUGUUGUUGAAUUGUAACAAAUUCUUUUAGGAAAGGGUGGAAUUUGAACUGGAAAUACAAAGAUUGGAUCCCAUAGACUAAAGAGAUUCAAAUACAUUUAUGAUUAUGUAAGUGUAAGUUCCGGAGAUUUGAUUAAUAAAAAUAAUGGAUGUAGUAAUUUCAUUUAAAAAAUAAUUUUUUAUAUCAUUACAUGUCUUGAUUAGUUCAUGGUCAAUUCUGUAUUUCUUUCCAUGUACUAAAACAUCCACCUCUUAUAUAAAUAUAUCUGGCAGAGAAAUAUCCUCAGGCAACAAGCCCAACAGCGAAUCUAACAUAAAUAUUUUCUCUCUCUGCUUAACUCUUGACUACUAUAAAGAUCUACUCGGGACUCUCACAACUGUCGACGAUCUCACUUCUCGAACCCUCCAACUAACUAAUACACUGCCCUCACAUAUCCCAGCCAAAACACUCAGCAUACCUUAAAGCUCAACACCACGAACCAACUUUAAGCUCUGACCUCACGAUCAACAACUCACAAAAACACUCACGAUCAACAACUCCCCUUACCAAACAUUCACAACAAUCUAGUUCACAACAUUCCUCCCCCCUUUCGCUGACAUCACUUGCUGCGGUAGUGAUGUCACACACACAAAUGACAUCAUAAAAUUGCAAUAGACAAGUAUAAACAUCAGCCUUAUUACUUCAAUCUAAGAUCAAGUGCCAAAUGUAAACAAUCUAGUUCACAACACCUUCCCCCUUGUAUUUUGUAUGAAAUAAAUUUGAAGGUAAUGAAUGAAAAAAAAUUCACCAAUAUUACAAUUUUCAAUAUAAGUACCUGUAACCUGACAUUUUCUGAAAGAAUAUUGCUUCUAGUAUCUCAAAAAUUUGAUUUUAUGAUAGUUUGAAAAAUUUAUGGAGUAAUAGAUUCAGAAGUUGAGUUGUAAAAUUUUACUGUCUCUGUAAAUUCAAAAUCAACGUACAUAAUAUAAUCGCAAAUUCUUUUUAUACCAUAACAUACCUAUUCCAGUGUACUAUCAGAAAAUGUAUACUUGUAAGGGCAUCUGAAUUCAUUUAUUAUGGGAUUUUGUGAUAUUUUGACAAGCUUAUGAGUAUGCUAAAAAUGGCUUGACACUACAGAAAAAUGCACUUGACAGUUAUAGGGUUAAAUAGUUGAGUUGAUUUCUUAGUUUACGAGUAGAACCAAAGGGAUUUUGUUGAUAUAGAGGGCAACCUUAAAAUUUUUUCCAAGCCAUUUUUCUAACACUUUAAAAAAUAAGGUGGGGGCUUAUCAGUACCAGUAGUUAGUAAAGAUUAAGCCAGGUAAAACAUCCCACACACUGUAAAGCUUUACAGGCAUCAAAUGACAGACCUUGUGAAAAUAGUUCACCAUUUCAAGUAGAUAUUUCCCUCUCAGUGGUAACACGAAUAUCCUUAACUGAUAGCUCAUUUAUAUUAAACAUCUAGGAAAUUCCUGAUGGACACAGAGCACCUGUACCAGAAAUCACUCGGCCCAGUUCAACACGUAGCAUAGAUACUCAGACCCCUUCAGGUCAACUUGAUCAUCUUCUAACCCCCUACACAAUAACAGUUAGCCGACCUGCAUCAAUCAGUCCUGUAACUCCUUCCAGACCUAAAAGUGUUGAUGGUCAGAAUCCACCCAGAAGCAGAUCGGACUCCACAGAGAGCAAAUCAAGUAAAGGUAAUAUCUGGUAAUAGUAGUAGUCCAGGGAUUACCUAGCUUUUCUUAUCUCGGCAGCACACUGGCCCAAAGCGCAACCAUCAAUGACAAGUUCAACCCCUGUAUUGACAGAGCCAGUGCGACCUAUGGAAAAUUGACUAAGAACCUGUGGACCAGGAGAGGUAUCACCAAUCAAACUAAACUGAAAGUACACUAGGCGGCUGUUAUCCCUACGCUUCACUAUACCUAUGAAAUGUGGACAGUAUACCAAUGCUAUGCAAGAAUGCUUAACCACUUUCAUACAACAAGACUCAGAAAAAUACUCAACAUUAAAUGUCAGGAAGUAGUCCCAGACACUGAAUUGCUUAUACAGGCAGGUCUCCCCAGUAUCUUUACCAUCUUAAUAAAGUCCCAGCUUCGCUGGUUGGGACAUGUUAUGAGAAUGUCAGAUGACCGUCUGCCCAAAAGAAUUUUCUACGGUGAGCUCGAAAAAGGAAAGCGGUUUGCUGGCGGACAGAAGAUACUUUUUAAAGACAACCUAAAAGCCUCACUGAAAGCAUUCAACUUAAACCCAGACACGAAGGUAAAAGCCAAUGAUCAAACAUCAUGGCGUUCCACUUUACACAGGAGCUCCAUGCAACAUGAAGUUGGCAGAACAGCCACUGCAGAGCCCAAGAGACAUGCCAGGAAGGCCCGGUCUGACUCUGCUCCCGGAGAUGCCCCAUUAUUCCCCUGCACCUACUGCACAAGAAAAUUUCAUGUUAAUUUUCAUUUUUUUUAAAAUCAAACGUUUUCAUUACACAAUUUAUUUUAGGGAGCAUGAAGUUUAAUUCUCAAUAAUAAGAUAAGAUAAGAUUGUUAUAUUGAUCCAAGUAAAUGGAAAUGCUUUUUUUAUUACACUGUACUUGUACAUAUUUAACCAAGACAACAUUUUACAAUAGAAAAAUUUAAACAAUAGACAUCUGAAGUAUUUCUCUAGCGUAAAAAUCAGCUAUUACCAUAAAACUUAACUCCCUUAGUGAUAAUAAAGACUUAAUUAGUGAUCAGUUAGAUUUGAUUACUGCUGGGGGGAGCACACUGGUAAAUUCUUUUAGACUGGGAAACAAAAGAAUUUUUAUAUCUUUUGGUCCUAACUUUAAGGAAAUCAAUUUGCCCUGAUCCAGCUGAUCUUAGGUAUCUGUGAUGGAGAGGGUGGAAAGUUUCAUUUAAAUAGUUCUUCAAGUGAAGGAUGCUUAGCUUAUGCAAUAUUACUUGCUUUCAUAAUUAGCUAUUUAAUCUGUAGUUGAUGUCGGAUGAUGAAAUCCCUCUCCAUAAAGUAAUACUGAAGUUUAGUAGGCUUCCCAUUGUUGCUGUAGAGUAAGUUAAUAACUUGCUUGUUUAUGCCAAAAUUGUAUAGUUUUUUAAGAAGAAAAAAAGUCUUUGGUUUACUUUAUUAAACAGCAUCAGGCUGUUUUCACGACAUGUCAGCUUAUUAAUGGUGACAACUACUAUGUACUGGGUACUUAUAUGUCUCUACUUGUUUUAACUGUGAUUUUUUUUUUUUUUAUUGUGAGAUCUGCAAUGGGGUGAUUUCCCCUCCUGAAAUCGAAAAACAUUGCUUUAGUUUUUGAGACAUUCCACUGAAGAAAAUUUUCAUAGAACUAACUGAUAAAACUUGUAACAAAGUUGCAGUAUAAGCUUUCAGAUAUUAAGCCAAGGAUGGUGGCAUCGUCAGCAAAUUUUAUGAUUGGAAAGGUGUUGCUUGGGUUCUGGAUAUCAGGGAUUGAAUGCAAUCUUCUGGUGCGUGCCCCUGUGCUUACUUCUCUAGUUAAUGAUAUUUGUUUAUUCACCUUGACGUUCUGUGGGCGAUUUGUUAAAAAGUUCACUAUCCACGCUUGAAUAUUUGAAUGUACAUCUUAUGAAGAAAGCUUUUUAAUCAUAAGGUGUGGUUGGAUAGUGUUACAUGUUGAUGCUGUCUAAGAAAAGCACUCUUAGCAUAUUUGUGGGGUCAGGUUUUUGCUGUACUUCAUUUAAAAUUUGUCUGAGGAUAAGUUUCUCCAAACAUUUCAUUACAAUAUAGGGAAAUGGGAGACGGCAUAAGUCUGUACCGCAAGGGCCUUCAUUUUUCUUUGGAAUUGGUAUAAUUGUCUGAAGUUUCCCCAUACCUUUGCUAUCGUAUGAGUUUCAUACUUGGGGUUUAACCUAGUAUUUAUACAACAGGGUGGUACUUAUUUUUCUUUGGAAUUAGUAUGAUUUCUUUAGUUUCCCUGUAACUUUGGUAUCGUAAGAGUUUCACUUAGUGUUAAAAUUAGUAUUUAUACAACAGGGUGGUACUCAAAGUUUAUGUCAUUUGUUAUUUCUUUAUUUGUAUCAAGCAUCUUUCAUUUUGUGAAACCUGGUACAAUUCUAUUGCUGCUGUAAAUGCCCGUUUACGCACAUAUUGUGUAUCAAUUAAAAUAUUUUUAACACAUUUUUGGGGUAUAAUUAAAUUUCAAUUUAUUUUGCCAUGCUUCUUUCCAAGAAAAUAAAUCAUGAAACUUAUCUCUUCAUAGAAAAUUCACCAGAACCCAAUGCCUACCUGUCAAGCCCCAAACUGGAGGCAUCUUGUCCAUUUGUCCGUGAGCCACCUGAUGGUUGUGAAAAGAUUACAGUUGUGGAAGAAUCCAGGUGACAUAAAUUGCUGAAAAUAUAUUUGUUUUUUUUGUUUUUGUUUUUUUUUUACUUAUCGUCAUAAUGUUUAAGAUUUUUAAAAAUUCACCCAACUCUAUACUUUUUAAAAAUUCAAAUAACAGCUGCACGCUUCUAUCUCAACUGCAAUUCAAUAAAAUUUCUUAUUUAUGCUAAAUAAGUGGGGUUUUUUUUAAAUUAAAUUUACAUUUUUAUGAGUUGAAGACAUUAAUUGUCAUUUAUUAUUUAAUAUUGGCAUACAUUUGUUUUAAAAUCUUUAAGGUUUAGAUUGUUACUUUAGUUUUAAUACAACUGUGUAUUUAGAAAGAAAUGACCACAGCAUAUUUAAGAAGAAUAUAAUAAUGAUAUUGAAAAUCUCAUUAUUGAAACUAAAAUGGUCCAUAUAUUUUGCCUUUUCAGGAGGCCUUUAAUCAAGGAGCCCAUGCUGUUUUCUCCAGUUAAACCCAAUCAGUUUGUAUUCAAACAAAGUCAAGGCUCUGCCUUCUGUCCUCUUAUCAAAAGGUAUCAUGAAUUCACCCUAAAUUAUGGUGUACCCUCACCUCCAGUUCUUUCAGGGAUUGAUGGUUGAGAGAAAAUAAAACUAUUUCUUACAUUGUAAUUUUAAAUUGGAC